UUUUUUUUUUUUGGUUUUUUCGUUCACUCUGGACGUCCUUGCUUCAAAUUAGAUGACACCACCAAAAGGGGUUGCCUUUGGUCUUCUUCUACUGCUGUUCUGCGUGGUUUAUCGCAUUGAGCCGGCACAAGCAGCCAAUGCAUGUGGGUCUGGCGGCGUGUGCGAUUGUUCGUCGGGAACAAUUGUCGAUUGCUACAGCCGAUCUCUCACAGCCGUUCCCAGCGGAAUCCCAGUCGCCACCACGACCCUGUAUCUGCAUAACAACCAGAUCGCCAGCAUUUCUGCCGCUGCAUUUCCUGGCCUGACUGCGCUGACGGUCUUAUAUCUGUCUGUCAACGAAAUCACCAGCAUUCCCGCCAACACAUUCUCAACCCUGACUGCUCUGAGUACCAUAUCUCUGUAUGAGAACCGGAUCACCAACAUUCACGCAAGCGCCUUUACAGGCCUGUCUGCGCUGACUAUUUUGGAUCUAUUCGGCAACGAGCUCACCAGCCUUUCCGCAAACACAUUCACAAGUCUCACUGCGCUGACCCAAUUGUUUUUAUCUGGCAACCGGUUUACCAUCGUUCCCACGUCUGUGUUCACAGGCCUCAAUGCGCUGACACAAUUGGAUCUGUACAACAACCAGUUCACCAGCAUUCCCGCAAACGCAUUCACAGAUCUCACUGCACUGACACAAUUGUAUCUGUACAACAACCUGAUCACCAGCGUUUCCGCAACCGCAUUCGCUGGCCUGACUUCGCUGAUACAAUUAUUCCUUCACAACAACCAAAUCACCAGCCUUUCCGCAACCACAUUCACAGGUCUCACUGCUGUGACAACAUUAACUUUGAAUAACAAUGCCUUCACCACUUUGCCGCCCGGUCUGUUCAAGGGCCUGCUUAAUGGCAUGAGCUUGUCGGUUUCAGGCCUAAGUCUAAACCCAAAUAACUUUACCUCUGGUGGAAACUCUAACCCUCCGCCCAGCACAUACGGCAGUGCUUCCUAUCCAUACAAGUGUGAUACAACCUGCGCCACCUGCUAUGGCUCAGGAAGCAUUGCAUGCUGCGGGAUCAAUUGUUUGACGUGCACUGUAUCCGAUUCCUGUACUCAGUGCUAUGAAGGCUAUACCAUGAUGGGUGGAUCAUGUAUUUCGCUUGCUUCCAGCGCCUCGGCUGCCUCAGUUGCCGCGACCAGGUCUGCAUCAGUCGCCUCGGCUGCCUCUGCAUCAAUUGCUUCGGUUGCGUCCGCUGCGACAAUAGCAUCAACCGCCUCCGUCGCUUCAGUUGCGUCCACGCAAUCUGCCACGGCCGCCUCGAUUGCCUCAAUUGCCUCAACCAAAUCUGCAUCGAUUGCGUCAGCCGCCUCAAUUGCGUCGUCGCAGUCCGCAACGAUGGCCUCGGCUGCUUCCCUUGCUUCAACCGCCUCUGCCUCGAUUGCAUCUAUUGUUUCUGCAUAUGCUGCUCGCGCGUCAUCAGCAUCUGUCGCUUCUGAUGUUUCCGCAACCUCGGCGCUCUCGGCUUCUGCUGCUUCAACAGCUUCGGCAUCUGCUGCGUCGACCGCUUCGGCAUCUGCUGCAUCCGUUGCAUCCUCCAUUGCACAACACGGCGGUGGCGGCGGCUCGCAAGACUCAUCAUCAUCGUCAGCAGCCGUCAUCGCUGCUGUUGUUGCGUGUGUUGUCGUGGUUGCGAUCAUUGCAGCGGUGUUCAUCGUGAUGCGACGACGGCGCUCGCAACGACGUUCAGGCACGCGACCGAAGGACUCUACCGGUCCGAUUCAUCAGGAGGCGAUUGAAAUGACAAUCUCUCCCCUGAUUCAUUCGCCUCGAGCUCAAAAAGAGGAGGACAUUGCAGCCUAUGCCGUGGUCGGUCAAAAGCAGCCCGAGCCUUUGUACCAAGCCAUUUCGACUGCUAGUACCUCUAAAGAGGUGGUCUAUGAUUAUGCAAGCGCGUACGUUGCUGGCAGCAAUUCCCGUCGCAUCCGUGAGGGUUUGACGAUUGUGAAGCACCUUGCCAGUGGCAACUUUGGCGAUGUGGCGCUGGGUCAGCUGCCGUUCAGCGUCUUGCCCCCGCGAGCACAAAAUUUGCUUGGACCUGCAGCAUCCGAAAUCGUGCAAGUGGCAGUCAAGUCGCUCAAGUCCAACGCAGACGAGAAAUCCCGCAAAGACUUUGAGAGCGAGGCGAAACUGAUGGCGCCGUUUGUGCAUACGAAUGUCGUGCGCCUGCUCGCGGCUCUUGUAGAGUCCGAGCCCCAUCUCGUUCUGCUUGAAUUCGUGCAGUACGGUGACUUGCGUACACUGUUGCAAAAGUCCAAGCUCCACUCGCUGUGGUGGACCCAGAACGAGCAGAUCCAUGCCAUUCGUCAGAUUGCGCUUGGCAUGGAGUAUCUGGGCACGCUCCACUUUGUGCACCGUGACCUUGCUGCUCGAAACUGCCUUGUUGGCAAGGGAAUGGUGGUCAAGAUUGCCGACUUUGGGCUUUCUCGCGAACUCGCUUCCGAGAACGAUUACUACCGCAUGCAAACGCGUGGCAAGCUUCCCGUGAAGUGGAUGGCACCGGAAACAAUGACCUUCCGCAAGUUCUCGACCAUGUCUGAUGUUUGGUCGUUUGGCGUGACCGCCUGGGAGUGCUCCAGUUACGGAGCACCACCGUACGGCAAGAUGGAGGGGCGUGACACUCUGGCUCAUGUGGAGGCUGGUGGUCGAUUGCCCCAGCCGGAGCACUGCUCAGCUGACCUUUUUAACCUGAUGCUGAGCUGCUGGAACGUGAAGCCGGAAUUGCGACCAAGCUUUUCGCAGCUCGUCAAAGUUCUGAACACCCUCGAGGAUGGUUCGGUCGUCCGCGAGAUUGGUGCAAUGCUGUGACAGCGCACACGAAAUGUUCAGUUGCUUUUUUGCACUUGGUGCUAAUCUGUUCAGAAUACAGGAAGGGGCACAUAAGGCUCGCUCUGGAAAAAGAUUUUUGAAAUUGUUUGAGGCUUGUCGAUCA